AUGUCGAUAGCGGUUCCGAUCAAAAAUCUUCAGCUAAGGGGCCUUCUUCACGAGAGGGUAUUUGUAAAAUGGGUAGAUGAAUCAGGUAAAACAUUCACACUAGGUUCUCGCUUGCAUGACAACAAGCAGACACCCGAUUUUUUCAUGGAUGCAUAUUGUGAUACGGAAGGACAGAUUCAUAUUCACUUUAAGCUUCAGGUGUUUGUUAUGCUUGGCGGCAAGAAAAAACAAAGAGAUAUAUUAUUGGUUGUUCCUCCAGAUGCCGAUUUUGCAAAUGCCUCUACACCUUGUCCAAUAUCAAGCAUCGAUGGUUUAUCUCACGACGUGUCUACUAUUCACGAAGCCGGUUUAAGCAAUGCACAGCAUGUUCUCCUUAUACAAUUCAAUCUCACUACGAAGGGAUUCGUCGUUACGGAGAAGAGGACUACUCCAAUCAGACCUCACACUAUGACUACAAACACGUUGAUUCGUGGCCUUGAGUCUCUGUCUAAUACCAAAAUCUUCAGCGUAUACAUCAGGCCAAGUACUUAUGCGAAAGUGAACUUAAAAGAACUUGGUAUGCAUAUUAGCAAAACUGCAACCGAUGCACGCAAAACCAACUUAAAGGAAAUGUAUAUUCAACAAGGGGCUAUGUUACUAGAAUGGAAUAAGAUCGUAUAUAAGGAGGAACAACGCCCAAUACCGCCACCAUAUGCUCAGCCAUGUCCGGAAGUGCAGGUUCCUCGGUCACCACCCCUGUAUGCUCAGCCAUGCCCGGAAGUACAAGUUCCUCGGUCACCGCCUCUAUAUACUCAGCUAUCUCCAGAAGCGCAGCUUUCUCAGUCAUCACUCGUCAUUUUCAAAGAAACGAUUGAAGGAACACCGCCUCGAUCUCCAACUAGUUCCAACUGUAUAUCGGUCCAUGGCAUUUUCUCUGGCUGUGAAGAGUCAUCAGAGUCGUCAGAUAGGAGAGUGAACUUGGACGACAUCGAAAAGGAUAUCAGAAUAGACUUCAAUGUAGAUUCGGAUGAAGAGCUUGCCAACUUGGACGACAUCGAAAAGGAUAUCAGAAUAGACUUCGAUGUGGAUUCGGAUGAGGAAGAGCUUGCCAAGGAACAGUUUGCCAACUUGAAUUCUCGAGAACUAAAUCAGCAAUUCGAUUAUGAUUUAAAAGUGUCACAGAUGCUUAAGUCGAAGUUGGAGAAAUGGAUGGAAACAGUACUACCGAUAAACUUCAAUGUUCACCAUCAUACACGUUUAACUACUAAGUUGUCAAUUCUUGGUAAUUGUGUCCGUACAUCAAAUACUAGGAUGUUUGAUGUUACUUUACUUUGGUGCUUUGCACUGUUUUUGUACGAUCCACUCGAUUCCGAUCUGAUAAUACUUUCGGGUUAUGGGAGAAGAGAAAUUCAUGGCUUAUUCGAGAUAUAG